AUGCCAAGCAGCACUUCAUCAUCAAUACCAUGGCCUUCAACCAAGCCGACGCCUUCACAUUCGUCUAUGCCCCGCUUACACCACCUUGGCUGGAUCGAAUAUGCUCUUCCUGACUCUACGAUAUAUUAUUCUCAUCCAACUCUUCGCGUUACGACUGACAUUGACCUUCGGAGUAUAACAAAGUUGGAUGCUGUCACGGCGUAUCUGGAACAUCGUAGGCUGCAUGAUGGCGCUGGGACUCCUCCCGGAUUUGAACUGUGGUUGAGAGAAGGUCUAGGAAAGACAAAGGAAUUUGUUCCUGUAAGAUACUGGGUAGAUCAUAAGAAACGAUUGGUGACGACCGACCCUAUAUGGGAUGCUCAAGGCGACGGGAGUGCCAGGAGACAUCCAACAGGCAAGGCAGUUGAUGAUUCUCUGGACAUGGAAUAUCGGUAUUGGGCAUUUAUGGAAGACCACCCAGCGCAUGUCACACUCCCACAUAAUGCUCGAACUGAUGCCAUGGAUAUCUUAACGUGGUGUUGGACUGACCGUUUACUACCUUCGCAAAGAGAUCUCUCUCCGCCCUUCAAUCAAGCCGAGUGCCAGGAGCUGAACAAUAUUUUGCGCUCUUUCGGAGAUUCCAACGGUGAUUCAGGGAUUCAAGCCGUGCUUCACACUCGAUUAGUCUCUCGUGUUUUAAUGCGUGUAGCCCGAUGGCGUCAAACAAACUUCCGACCCAAUAAAGCGCUGCCGCAAGACAUCGGCAAUAGAGGAAGAGCAGAUCGUCCUCGCCAGUCAGGAUUUCAGCGCAGUAUUCUGGAUAUCGUGGUCUUCAUUGUAUUCCUUGGUGUUCCGUCCCUAUUUCUCCCUCAAUCGAAUACGUCGUCAUUCUAUCGCCUGGAUGAAGAAAGUGGUCUUUUUGGCCCACGUAGUGCCGGUCCUAUAUUCUUGCUUGGUGGUUGUGCUUGCCUUGUGGCUGCAAUCAUCUUGAGUGCAUCAGUGACUUUCCUUUCUUUGCCAGGGCUGGACAACGCCGCGCGCAUUCCAGGACUCGUCGCGGUUAUACUUGCUACUUUCUCCAUAGUUUUCAGCGUGAUCGCUCUUUUUCGCUACAAAACUGAUAUGGAGUGCUUUUCGUCGAAUGUAGAACCGUGGAUUCGUUUUGGCGGUGAAGGUCUCACGUUACAUUCGAGACGCAUCGUGAUUCUAUCUCUGCCUCUUACUCUUUUAGCAUACUCUAUUAUCAGCUUCGUUGUUGGAAUCGUGCUUUAUUCGUUUUUCGGAGUAUUGGAAUCACCAGUGAAUAUACUCCAGAAACAUUUUGAGGAAUAUACUCGUUGGACAGUUGUCGGAGUUGUUGGAGCGUUGACUGGGAUCUUGUUUACCUCUAUUCUUUUCUUACGCAAGUAA